AUGGCAUCAGUGAAAACUCCCGACGGUAUUUCCAAAUCAGCGAGCCGAGGGAAGGCCGCUGGUCUACUGUCAAAGACUACCGAUACAGCUCUGCUUGUUGACAUACCUCUCGUCGAAGACACGGACACGUUGAAGAAGGAAGCUACGGGAAAGCGACUCGCUGGGAGGACGCUGCUUGUGGGUGUCCUGAUCAGCUGCAUAUUCCUUCUCCUUCACAUGCUGCUUCAUGGCAUCACCCCUCAAGACGUCCAGCUUUCGGGGAGGCGUUGUUACGAGGCGAGUGCAACAGAGAGCCGACAUGAUUUCUCGAAGCACCCUGGCUGUGCAUUCAACGUCAGAUUUUGCGUGAGGAACUCCGAUGCAGAGACUGCCGAGAUAUCUGAGAACGCGUUAAAAAGCAACAACGACGAUGUGAAACCUGCAGAUUCAAGCGGCGAUGAAGCAACGCCUUCGCCGUCUGAGCUGAAGGACGUCCACGUGUUCGUUUCGACCGACGAAGCGGACUUACGCCCGAUCGCCGUUGUCAUCAACUCAACUAUCAUGAACACAAGGAACCCGCACCUGGUGUUUUUCCAUCUGGUGAUACCUGAGGAGAAUAUUAUCGCAGUCGAAGAAAAGAUUCUUCCCCUUUUCCCGCAUGUUAGGAUCGAUAUUAACAGAAAACCCAUUGACCGCGAGCGUAUCCAGCACCUCAUUGUGUACAAGGAAGGGAGCAAGGCGAGGGAGGAGCUGGUUAGCGUUUUUAAUUUCUUGCCAUUCUAUCUUCCGCUCAUCGCUCAGGACCUCGACCGCAUUGUGUACCUGGACUCAGACGUUGUUGUUGUGGGCGACAUUGCGGAAUUGGCUCAUGUUGACAUGGGCGGCAUGGCAGCAGCAGCAGUGGAGGACUGCAUGCAGACAUUCGACCAGUACUUUGAUUUUAACCAACUAGCCGAAAUCCAUGCGCGGAAGAAACCUGACCAGCCGCGGAUGCCUAAAUUCCCCUUUGAUAAGACAGCAUGUGUCUUCAACAGAGGAGUGCUGGUUAUGGACGUGCAGCAGUGGAUAGCUCAGAACAUGACUGAAUCCAUUGAGUGGUGGAUGCAGCAGCACAAUGAUGCCAAAGAGCCAUUGUACCGCUACGGGUUAUCUCAACCACCCUUUCUCCUCACCUUGUAUGACCGCUACCGCAAGCUGAAGCGGGAGUGGAACACACGAGGCUUGGGUCGGGAAAAGUUUGGAAAGAAGGAAAUGGCGUACUUCGAGCGCAUGGGGCUUGGAAAGCCCAACAAGACCCCCUUCCUUAGCCCUUGGGCCGACGAGGCCAAGAUUCUCCACUUCAAUGGCAAGUUCAAGCCUUGGAAGGGACCCCGGGUGAGGCCAGUAGGCGAGCCUCCUAAUGCUCUUUGCGGUCCAAAGGAAGAAGACUGUGCAGUGCGGUGGUGGAAGUACUUGUCGCCUGAAGCCUUCACUCUGCUGACAGCAGGAAGCAAGCAAAAACGAUGA